AUGGAUGAGAAGAGGAGAAUGUAUGAAAAUAUGAGUGAAAUCAAGAAAGGGCCAUGGAAGGAAGAAGAAGAUAAGGUGUUGCUAAGUCAUGUUAAAAAGUAUGGUCCAAGGGAUUGGAGCUCUAUUCGAUCCAAAGGCCUCUUGCGCCGGACUGGAAAGUCUUGUCGUCUCCGCUGGGUUAACAAACUCCGACCCAACUUGAAAACGGGGAUUAAGUUUUCUGCAGAAGAGGAAAGAACAAUAAUAGAUCUUCAAGCACAAUACGGGAACAAAUGGGCGAGAAUUGCCACAUAUUUACCAGGGAGAACUGACAAUGAUGUAAAGAAUUUUUGGAGCAGCCAAAAGAAGAGGCUGGCAAGGCUUCUGCAGACGACUCCAUCAUCGUCCAACAAACAAGUCGAGGCCUCAGGUAUCCAUGCUCCCUCUUUUGAGGCACUUGAGUUCAACUUGGGAAAACAAAGAGAAGAUGUGUUAGGACGAGAUUUCAAACAACAAGAAGAAAAUCGAUUGACAGAUCUGAUACAUCCAACCUCGCUUAAUUUCGAUGAGGGCCUAUAUCAGCUCGAAUUUGACCCUAAUGACAUGAAACCGUACAAUUUAUUGCAAUCAUCUAUCCCGUUUCCUCCACAACUCAAUCUGGACUUCCCUUCACUUGAAAACCAAGAAUUCAUCAUGGGGUUUGAAGUUCCCAACUUUUUCGACGUUUUUGGGCAUGGGAGUGCUUCUGAAAUUGGGAAUGUACAUCUUCCCCCAACAUCAUCAUGUUUGGAACCCGAGAAAAGCGCUCCAAAUGUAACUCCGGAUAUAAGCCUUAUUGAUGAUUUCCCCCCGAUGGAUAUUUUCGACCAUAUUGACCCAUUUCAGAGCCCAUCGGAGUGGUGAUAAGAUCUUGGAGUCAUUUCUUGGUCGCGAUUCAAAUCCUGUCAGUUAGAUACCGCAAAAAUAGUCGCGCAAUAAACUAGUUUGUGCCAUGAUUUGGUAGUUGCACUUAUUUUGUACUUUGGCAUAAUGUGCC